GCGGCGCUGGCGGGGGGCGUGCUGCUCAUCGGCGCGGUGCUCGCGGGGAACUCGCUGGUGUGCGUGAGCGUGGCCGCCGAGCGCGCCCUGCAGACGCCCACCAACUACUUUAUCGUGAGCCUGGCGGCCGCCGACCUCCUCCUCGCCCUCCUGGUGCUGCCGCUCUUCGUCUACUCUGAGGUGCAGGGCGGCGCGUGGCUGCUGAGCCCCGGCCUCUGCGACGCGCUCAUGGCCAUGGACGUGAUGCUGUGCACCGCCUCCAUCUUCAACCUGUGCGCCAUCAGCGUGGACAGGUUCGUGGCCGUGGCCUUGCCGCUAAGCUACAACCGCCAGGGCGGGGGCCGGCGACAGCUGCUGCUCAUCGGCGCCACGUGGCUGCUGUCGGCGGCGGUGGCGGCGCCCGUGCUGUGCGGCCUUAACGACGUGCGCGGCCGCGACCCCGCCGUGUGCCGCCUGGAGGACCGCGACUACGUGGUCUACUCGUCCGUGUGCUCCUUCUUCCUGCCCUGCCCGCUCAUGCUGCUGCUGUACUGGGCCACCUUCCGCGGCCUGCGGCGCUGGGAGGCGGCCCGUCGCGCCAAGCUGCAUGGCCGGGCGCCCCGCAGGCCCAGCGGCCCCGGCCCCCCGACCCCCGCGCCCGGGCUGCCCCAGGGCCCCUGCGGCCCCGACUGCCGGCCCCCCGAGGCCAUCUCAGCGGAGGCGCUCCCGCCGCAGACCCCGCCGCAGGCCCGCAGGAGGCGGCGUGCCAAGAUCACCGGCCGGGAGCGCAAGGCCAUGAGGGUCCUGCCGGUGGUGGUCGGGGCCUUCCUGCUGUGCUGGACGCCGUUCUUCGUGGUGCACAUUACGCGGGCGCUGUGUCCCUCCUGCUCCGUGCCCGCGCGGCUGGUGAGCGCCGUCACCUGGCUGGGCUACGUCAACAGCGCCCUCAACCCCGUCAUCUACACCGUCUUCAACGCCGAGUUCCGCAACGUCUUCCGCAAGGCCCUGCGUGUCUGCUGCUGA